UAAACUCUAUUCUCUGUUUCUCAUGCUGAUGUUGCCGCCAUUUUUAUUGUUUUAUGUAUUCUCGUUUUAUUAGCAAUUUCGAGAUAACUAUCACUAAAUAAUUCAGUCAACUAUUAUUUUACAACAUUUUAUACAAUUUGAAGAAGUUUUAACCGGUACAAUCUACCUCGUCCUAAACGCCCUGGUUGAAUAAUAACCAGUGCCAAUAUGAAACGCGACGCUUACGGAGAUGAUGGCCCAAUGCAUAAACGUCAGCGACAAACCGACGAUGAAGUCACCUUCCUCAUCCCGAGCAAGGUGGCGGGAUCAAUUAUUGGAAAAGGAGGAUCCAAUAUAUCAAAAUUGAGGAAUGAGUACAAAGCCUCUAUAACAGUCCCAGAUUGCCCCGGCCCCGAACGGGUACUGUCCAUAACUGCGUCGGAUAUCGACACGAUUAUGGAGAUCGUAAAGGACAUCCUUCCAAAUCUUGCUGAUGGCGGUUCCAAAGGCAACAGCAACGAAGACCUAGACAUCCGUCUAUUGAUACACCAGAGCAGAGCAGGUUGCGUCAUCGGAAAAGCUGGUGCCAAGAUCAAGGAGUUGAGAGAGAAAACUGGCGCCCGGCUGAAGAUCUUCUCGAACCCCGCCCCUCAGAGUAUGGAGCGCGUGGUUCAGCUUGUAGGCAAGACGGAGUCCGUCGCGGCCGGCGUGCGCGAAGUUUUGAAUCUCAUACGUCAGGUGCCGAUCAAAGGUGCCAUCCAGAGUUACGAUCCGCACAAUUACGACGACUACUACGCUGAGGAAUACGGCGGCUUCGGUUGCGGUCAAGGCCCUCGCAGCGGACCCCGCGGGGGACCGCCCCGUGGACCCCCACGUGGGCCACCCCCCAUGGGCCCCGGAGGAAGGCUCCCACCACCUCGCGGAGGUCCCCCUAUGGGACGCAGUGGACCAGGGGGCCCUCCACCAAGAGCGUUCAACGAUUUCUCCGGCCCAGGACCCCGCAAUAACUUCAACGGCCCCCCGCGCGGGGGCUUUGGGGGCAACAACUUUGGGGGGGGCAAUUUCGGCGGUGGCGGUGGUCGCAACUCCGGUGGCGGCAACUUCAACGGCAGUGGUGGCAACCAGCAGGAGACUACCACACAAGUCACCAUUCCCAAAGACCUGGCGGGCGCGAUAAUCGGCAAGUCGGGCACGCGUAUCCGCAAGAUCCGCUCGGAGUCGGGCGCGGGCAUUGAGAUCGCGGAGCCUCUACCGGGAGCGAACGACCGUAUCAUCACCAUCACCGGAACGCCUCAACGCAUACAGAAGGCGCAAUACCUUUUGCAACAGAGUGUACACGAAAGCAACCCCAACCUCGGCCGCGGAAACUUUUGAUGCAGAGCGUUAACACAUAGGUUUAAUUAUUAAUAUAAGUAUGUCAUCACGAUUCAUACAUGGCAUAAACUAUUUUCUAGAGGCUCAUGUAUGAACUUUGUACUUUACAAUUUAUUAUAUUCACCAUUGAUUUACGGGUUUUAUUUUAACCGAGAAUAAAAAAAAAUUAAUAAACUUAAGAGAAAUGCAUUUAUGAUUAUACUGAAAAGUUAAACUAAGAUUGUGUUUAAUGGCGAUGAUUUAAAUUUUAAUUUACUGAUUUGUACAUCGAUUGUAUUUAUAAACGAUUAAAGAAUAGAAAUAAAAGGUUUAUUUUGUGAA